GUGUGCAUGUGCAAUAUAGAAAAUUAAGAUGCCACUAUUUAAUGGAAAAUAGCAGAUAUUUUUACUAGGCUAGACAAGUCGACCAGGCUGCUGUUACUCAAGAGAAAGGUCUGGCGUUCGCUUGAGAUUUAAAUGGAAGUGGGUGGACCAUGGUGUAGACAGUCGCAACUUCGAUGUGGACAUACUUCAACGAUGAUUAUUCUUUUCACUGGAAUGAAAAUUCACCUGCACGGCUCCGUUCAGCUAGCGUCUGAGAGGAACUGAAAGUGACGAGCCCGGACAUAUUUUUUGUAGCGUUACUGUUAUAUACUGGCGUACAAAUUGUGCUUUGCAUUUGGUACCGCCCUUCCUGACGGGUGGGUCUUUCGUCAGAGCCAGAGAGAGACAGCGGUCGGAGGAGCUACGCCACAGCCUAGCAGUAGCCAUUCGUGGAAAAAUAGGCCGUCCUUCUCCGGGCUUCAGCCUGCCUCUGCCUCCACAGCGUCCGGCCUUUUUUUCUUAAACAACUCCUCUCCGGUUUUAUUAAUGCGGGAUGAGUGAUCUGAAGAAGGAAGCUAUGGCAACAGAUGGAGGCAAAUCAGGAGGAGGUGACAAGGGCAAAACUUCAGGAUCACAGGACGCGCAGCCAUCUCCACUGGCGCUGCUAGCGGCCACAUGCAGUAAGAUAGGGGGCGUGGCCGGCGAGGGUCAGUCAGGAGUUCCGCAGCAGAUCAUCAUUGACCCCAGCCAGGGCCUCAUGCAGCUCCAGAACCCCACACAACAGCUGGAGCUCGUCCCCGCGCAGUUCACCGGUAACGGCUGGCAAAUCAUCACCGCCUCCGCUCCCACCACCGUUACCAAGGACAGCCUGACGCAAGCCGGCGUGACUUUCGCCACAGCCACGUCCAGCGACAGUGCCUCUGGACGCAAAGUUAAGGUGAUUGGUGCUAACAGUGUAACGGCCGGACAACAGCAGCUACAGCAGCUCCAGCAGCAGCAGCAGCAGCCACAACAGCAGCAGCAGUUUCAAAUCAUCCAGGUGCAAAAUAUGCCCAACUCAACUGGCGGCAUCCAGUACCAGGUAAUACCACACAUCCAGACUGCGGACGGUCAACAGAUCCAAAUAAAUCCCACCAGUGCCACGUCGUUAAGCGUACAGCCCGAGCAAAUACAGCUGAUCUCGGCGGGUACCAACCAGGCCAUCCUAGCCGCGCCACAGCGGGCAGGCUCUGCCAACCUUGUCACCCAGAACCUCGCCAACCAGAUCCCCCUGCAGAUUCGCCCCUCCUUCCCACUCCAGCUGCAGACCAUCCAAGGCGCCCAGACCCCUAUGGUGACGACGGUGCCCAUCAACAUCGGCGGCAUGACCCUCGCCCUGCCCGUCAUCAACAACAUGGCGGGCGGCGGGGCGACCGUGCAGCUGGUCCAGUCGGCCGACGGCAGCAUCUCCAACGGCGGCCUGAUCGCGGUGUGCAGCGGCGGCGCGGAAUCUUCCGGCAUCGUCACCACCACCACCACCACCGCCGCGACCGACGCCUCCGCCAUGACUGCCGUGGACUGCAGUACGCUGACCACUACCGACGCCGACGGCUCGGAGAAGGACGCCCAGACCCAGCAGGCCGAGGCGGACAGCCAGAACCAGAACCCUGUGGCUGUGGUCCAGGUCCAAACCAACGGGCUCCAGCCGGCGGGCCAGGAGCAGGCGGGCCAGCAGCAGCAGCAGCAGCAGAUCCAGCAGUUCCACAUCGUGGGCCACCCGAUGCUGCAGCAGAUCCAGAUCCAGCAGCCCCAGCAGCAGCAGCUGGUCCCGGGCUCCAUCCAGCUGCAGCCGGGCCAGACCCUGCAGCCGGUGCAGCAGAACCUGCAGCUGCAGGCCUUCCAGAACCCGGCGGCGGCGCAGGUGCUGAUCCGGGCGCCCACGCUCUCGCCCAGCGGGCAGAUCCAGUGGCAGACGGUGCAGGUGCAGAACGCCGCCAUGCCCCAGCAGCUCACGCUGGCGCCCAUGGCCUCGGGUGCCAACCCCGCCGCUGGAGGAGGUGCCACGUUCACGCAGAUCACGCCGCUAGCGCUCGGCGGAACGCCCAUCACGCUCAACGCCGCGCAGCUGUCGUCAGGGACGGGCGUGCAGACGGUCAACAUCGCCGGACUCGGGGCGGCGGGGAUGCAGGUGCAAGGAGUGCCCCUGACCAUCACCGGAGUACAAGGUCAACAACAGGGUCAGGACGGGGGCAAAGGUCAGCCGGCCUCUGUGACGGUCACCGUGGGCAACAUCGGGAACACGGCGCUGAGCGCGGUCAGUCCGGACCAGAUGGGUCAGGUGCAGAGUCCGUCGGACCAGGAGGGGCAGCCCAGCAAGAGGCUCCGCAGGGUCGCCUGCUCCUGCCCCAACUGCAGAGAUGGAGAGGGCAGGAACAACAGUGACCCGUCUAAGAAGAAGCAGCACGUGUGCCACAUGGAGGGCUGUGGGAAGGUGUACGGCAAGACGUCGCACCUGCGCGCUCACCUGCGCUGGCACACGGGCGAGCGGCCGUUCGUCUGCAACUGGAUCUUCUGCGGCAAGCGCUUCACCCGCAGCGACGAGCUGCAGCGACAUCGACGCACACACACAGGUGAGAAGAGGUUUGAGUGUCCGGAAUGUUCCAAGCGGUUCAUGAGAAGCGACCACCUUUCCAAGCACAUCAAGACCCACCAGAACAAGAAGGGGGGCGCGGCCUUGGCCAUCAUCACCACGGAGGACAUGGAGGACACGGGCGACGACGAGGUCCUCGGCUCGCCCAGGAUGGUUACCGUGGCGUCGCUCUCCCAGGACUCCAACCCCGCCACGCCCACGACCUCCAACAACAUGGAGGAGGAGUUUGAGUAGCCCACACCUUGUUUUAGUUUUGGUUUUUAUUUUGAUUAUUUUUCUUCACUUGGCACCAACACUUUUGGCGCCGUGUGGAAAACGAACAGACAGAGAAGUGCACCUGACUUUUUUUUUAAUUUCUUCUUUGUUGUUUUAAUCUUUUUUAUUUUUAUUAUUAUUUUGGUUUGCAUUCUUCUAAGAGUCUAAAACUAAUGAAUAUAAUGACAAAAAAAGAUAGUCUAAAGUUAAAAAGUAAAUAUGGCUUUUAAAUGUAAAAUAAGCUAGCCAGGUGAAGGUGAAGGUUUAUUACUGAAUCAGAGCAGUAGCACAAUGUGGGGAGAAGGUCUGUGGCUUUCUCGUACCAAUCACCACCACAGAGAACCUUGGGAUUAAAAGAGAAUCUAUUUCUAUGCACAAAAAUAUGUACUUCAGUUAUUCGCAGGUAUGAAUUAUCUAUAAAAUGGGGAGGGCUAGGUGGGUCGGCUGAGAUCCCAGGUAGAGAGAGACGCCAGUAGGCCAGGCCAGGGCCAAGUUUCUUAUUUAUUUUAUUUUAUUUUAUUUUUAUUUUUUGGGGGGAGGGGGGACAGGUACACAGCAUGAACACUUUGAUGGUCCCAAACACAAUUACUUUACGCAGUAAUGACUGACUAAAGACUUCAAAUCAAAGACGGAAAACCAGAUGUUUUGAUCUAUUUGAUGUCGGGUCUCCUCUCCUCGGGUCCAUUCUGUGUUAGUGGUCAUGUUUGGCCCGAACGCAUUUGGCCCAUGACUGUAGUCAUGUAGAAAGCUAGGCCUGGACAUCUUCAAGGCAUCUGAGUGAAUUUGCCAAUGGUUAAAACCUCAAACAGAUGCCGAAGCCUUCAGAAAACCAUGCCUUUCAAAGAUUAUAUUUGGAUUUCCAAGUUCUCAAUGGAGGACAGUUUUUGAAGUACUUGUUUUAAGGGGAAGCGGAACAGAGAGAAUAAGAAGGAAGACGGUCCGAGAGUAAUUAAAAGCACAUGUUAAAUUAAAUUUAUAAAACAAAGCAUUCCUAUUGAUAAAAUUGUUACUGUCACGGUUUCUAGAAAAGAUAUUGUUGUGGGGGGUAAAUAGAGAACACAAUCUAGCUUUCUAUGGCUUGCUAAGUUUAGGUGAAAGCAAUACUUUAAAGACAAUCUUAGUGAAACCAUGUUUACAUUAAUUAAGGGUUGGGAGCAAAUGUAGGUUUCUUUGAUACAAGGAGUUUUGAAAAAAAAAAAAAAAAAACGAGAAAAGGAAAAAAAAAACCCAACAAGCAGAAAGGUCUCACAAAGUCAUACGAACUGUACUACAAUGCCUUAACACAAACUUGCAGUACUGCUCCACCACGGCCCAGAGUCUGUCCGGGUGAGGGCCCGGGGGACUGGGGGCCUUAAAAUUGUGAAUCGUUUAUUAGAGAAACUCGUGAACUCAUUUGGUGAGCCAGCGCUCUUUCUUUCUUUUUUCCUUUCUUUUCUUUUUCUAAAGAAAAAUAAUAGAAAAAAAAUGUUGCUUCCUUCCCCUGAUUCGUCAGGUUGCGAAUCCUUCUCUAAGGACAAAAAAAAAGUACGUAAAUAAAUAAAUAGUUUGUCGCUCCCUGCCAACCCCACCCACGCCACGUCCUACUGUACCUACACACAGCCUAGAGGCAAACUCAGAAGGUCCCGUUUCUCUAUGGAGAACAUCCUGAGAGUGGGAGAUGCACCCCCACAUCCCCGUCUCACCUAAAAUACCGCAAACGCACACACACACACACACACACACACACACACACACACACACACACACACACACACACACACACACACACACACACACACACACACACACACACAUAUACACACGUGUGCGCGCACACACAUACUGUAUGCAUUUGCACACACACACACACACACACACACACGCACACAUACACACACACACACGCACACAUACACAUACACACACACACACACACACACACACACACACACACACACAGUCAGAAACACACACACACACACACACACACACAUACACACACAGUCAGGACCAUACACACACACAGUCAGAAACACACACACACACACACACACCCAUCCCUAUAAUCAUUGUGCCUCCCAGUCUCUUCCCCCUCCAUCUUGUGGUUCUGCAUCCCACCUGUCCCAGCCUCCUGGUGGGGAGCGCUCCACCUGAAUCAUUACGGUGUUCUGAAACAUGUCUGGUGGUUCUGAGCGUUCCACCUGAUCAUUACGGUGUUCUGAAUCAUGUCUGGUGGUGGGGAGCGUUCCACCUGAAUCAUUACGGUGUUCUGGAACGUGUCUGGUGGGGAGGGUUCCACCUGAAUCAUUACGAUGUUCUGAAACGUGUCUGGUGGGGAGGGUUCCACCUGAAUCAUUACGAUGUUAUGAAACGUGUCUGGUGGGGAGGGUUCUGAGCGUUCAACCUGAAUCAUUACGAUGUUCUGAAACGUGUCUGGUGGUGUUUCCUAACUGUGUCCGUUUCGUGAGUAAAGUCUCUUUUUAUUUAAUUUAAUUUAUUGAAAAAAGUAUUACCCAGAAUGCCCCACCCCCCCCAAAAAAAUGCCUCAAUCCCCACCCAUCCCCCUCCCGCCCCACAACUCACAUCCUUUUCAUACAGCACAGGCAACUGUAGAUGAGAAACUGUGUAUCGCUAAUUUAUUAUUUAUCCGUAUUUUUAAUAUUUGCCUUUGCAGAAAUUGCUGAUGUGUGUUGUGCGCUGUCGAGUCAGAGAUUAUGUGCAGCAUGUUUUUGUUUUCUGCUAAUAGUAAUGAAUUAUUAUUUCUAAAUGUGGUCCUUUUAUAAAUAUAACCAUUACUUUUUAAUUUAAAUGAUCUUUUUUUCUCACAUCAUAUCGUGUUUCAAAAGAAAAAGAGUUGGAAAAAAAAUACCAAGCAAAAAAAAAGUUUCAAAUGAAGUGGUUGAUACCAAACAAUUUAGAUGUUUUUGGUAAUAUUUUGUGUGACAACUGAUUUCUUUAAUAUUUUCUAGUGACAUCUCAUUUGUAAAUCUUUUUCUAAGAUGUUUCUUUGUCUCCAUGACAUUUGAUAAUGAGUUUUUUUUGCCAGGUUAGCCUCAAAGGCUGCAGUUUAUUGAUAUUUUUAAAAUAUGACUUUGUACAAAUGUGUUAUGUGAAUGGGGGAAGAGAGAAAAAACAGAAAAGGAAAAACUUGCCUGCAUAACACUUGAAAAUAAAGUGAAUAAAAUCUGUCUUAAAUAUA